AUGUCGGACGUCCCAUCAGAGUCCACGGCCCUCUUGGGCGCUAGCUCCGCUUCCGCGCCCAGAAGUGACGAGCCCGCGGCUGGCAAGACGAGCAAAGGCCGUGUGAUUGCCGUAAGCUUUAUUCUUAUGGUACUUGUCGACUUUGCGGGCUUUCUCAUCGACGCGCCGCAAACCAGUAUACUCGAGACGAUCAUCUGCGACCAGUACUACUCCUCCGGUUCUCCAUCGGCGCUAGCGGACUGCACCGUUGGCCCUGUUCAGGCUGAGCUAGCGACCGUGAACCAGCUGCUGAACACCUUCAAUCUUAUCCCGGGCUUGUUGGUCGCGCUGCCCUUUGGUGUCUUGGCUGAUCGAUAUGGCCGCCGCCCGGUAUUGGCCUUGAGCCUCAUCGGUAUCUUCAUACAAGAUCUACUGGCCAAACUUGUCUGCUGGCGUCAUGAUAUCUUCCCGCCUCGGCUGAUCUGGCUCUCGUCAGCUGCAAGGCUCAUCGGCGGCGGAGAUAUCGUGGCAUCGUCCAUGAUUUACCUUACUGUUGCCGAUGUCGUUCCCGCUGGCCAGCGAGCUAAUGUCUUUUUCGUCCUUUCUGCUUGCAUCCUCGUCGGCGAUAUCAUUGCUACCCCAUUGAGCGCCCUUCUCAUGUCCAAGGAUCCUUGGAUACCCUACCUCAUCGCGGGCGUACUAUCCUUCCUGGGAGGCAUUAUCCCUCUCCUAUUCCUACCCGAAACUCUUUCGAAGGAACACAGAUCAGACGAAACGGCCCAAUUCUCGCCCGCAUCUGACGAAUCAACAGUGGUGGGGAAAUCGUCUCCAAAGAAAAGGACAUUGGCAUCAAAGUCUCUGGAGUUCAUUUCUAAGAUUCGGUCUCUGGCAAGCUCCAAUGUUGUUGCUGUAUUACUGGCAUUCUUUGUCGCAUCCCUGGGCCGCCAAUCCACCGGCUUUCUGUUGCAGUACGUCCGACAACGGUUCAACUGGUCCUAUGAGAAGGCCAGUUUUUUGAUAGCCCUCCGUGGCUCAAUUCAUCUCGUCCUUCUCCUACUCGGCCUGCCAAGUCUAAAUAAGCUGUUGACUAGGUAUGGAUUCGGCAAUCCCGCGAGAGACCUGUUCACCAGUCGUAUAUCUGUCUUUCUCCUCACAAUCGGGUCUCUUGUCAUCGCCGUAGCCCCUUUAGUGCCAUUGGUCGCGUUGGGUGUGGCUGUGUUCGCUCUCGGAUCAGGGUUCGCACCCGCGGCCCGUAGUCUUGCCACUGCCUUGGUCCACCCCGACGAAGCAGGCACCUUAUAUUCAGCACUUGGUCUCAUGCAAUCUCUCGGUGGUCUCGUGGCGGGUCCUAUGCUCGCUGGCUCUUUUAGAUGGGGCCUGAAUCACGGCCGGGAAUGGACCGGGGUACCCUUUCUUCUGGUUGCAGGUCUUUUCGGUUUUGGGGUGUUCGCCAUGUCCUUCGUUCGGCUACAGGAUCCCAUACCAGAGACGUGCGCACGCGAAGAUGAGGAGACUCCUACAGACACUAUGUAA